AUGCUGAAGUUCUCAGGACUAUAUCAAGAAACUUGCUCCGACUUGUAUGUAACUUGUCAGGUGUUUGCAGAAGGGAAACCUCUUGCUCUUCCAGUUAGAACUUCCUACAAAGCUUUUAGCACUAGAUGGAACUGGAAUGAAUGGCUGAAGUUGCCUGUGAAGUAUCCAGACUUGCCUCGCAAUGCACAGGUGGCUCUGACCAUUUGGGAUGUAUAUGGACCCGGUAAAGCAGUUCCUGUGGGAGGAACAACAGUCUCGCUCUUUGGGAAAUAUGGUAUGUUUCGUCAAGGAAUGCAUGACUUGAAAGUCUGGCCCAAUGUGGAAGCUGAUGGCUCAGAGCCCACCAAAACUCCUGGGCGAACCAGCAGCACAGUCUCUGAAGAUCAAAUGAGCCGCUUGGCAAAGCUCACCAAGUCUCAUCGGCAAGGUCACAUGGUGAAAGUGGACUGGCUGGACAGACUGACCUUUAGAGAAAUAGAAAUGAUCAAUGAGAGGGAAAAACGAAGUUCUAAUUUUAUGUACCUGAUGAUUGAAUUCCGUUGCGUCAAGUCUGAUGAUAAAGAAUAUGGAAUAGUUUACUACGAAAAGGAUGGUGAUGAGUCAUCUCCAAUUUUAACAAGUUCUGAAAUAGUUAAGAUUCCAGAUCCCCAGAUGUCUAUGACAGUGCCUAAAUACAGUUCUAGAAAAGAUUUCCAUUAUUGUGGAUGCCAAUUCAGUGGGACUGGUAUUGGCAGCUUUGGGAACCUUAAUGAGAACUUAGUAGAAAGCAAACAUCACAAGCUUGCUCGAAGUUUAAGAAGUGGACCUUCUGAUCAUGAUCUGAAGCCUAAUGCAGCUACACGAGAUCAGCUUAAUAUCAUAGUGAGUUAUCCACCGACAAAGCAGCUAACAUAUGAGGAACAGGAUCUAGUUUGGAAAUUCAGAUAUUACCUUACUAAUCAAGAGAAG